CAUGUCUGCGCCCGCACAAGUUUAUAUUUUUGUGUGCAAAUCUUGAUAAUCGUUCUUGUCUCUUGAUAAAACUGUUAAAGUUAGACAGCAAUGACUGGAUUCCAGUUCUUACAUGUUAUGUUUUAAGAUAUGAAGCGGGAACAUGGUUUUCAUAUCCAGAGUUCUUAUUCUUUUUAUUGUUAAUGUUUGUAUAUCAGAAACCGUGUCAAAAACUAUUCGCUUCACAACUAAUUCAGCCCAGGCUAGGAAAGCACGUGGUUUGCACGUGGCAUCGUUCACAUUUCAUGGUAAUGGUGGUGAGGUUAGGUAUCUAGUAAACGGAACAGGACAUGUUCCUGCAAGGUUCUUUAUUUAUGAUGCCCCUCGAUGGAAAGAGGCCCAAAGUUUGUCACAUGUAAAUUGCACAGCCAAGAUACAUCUAGCAAAUUUUCACCAUCGAGUCAGCGCCAGUAGCAGAGUGCAGGUAAUGCCGCCGGGAGGCGCACCGAUGACCUGGCACGUGGUUUACGCGGACAUCUACACCUGCACGAUGACGGUGAUGCUGACGCCGAAUUACAUGGAGUAUACGCUGCUACUCAUGAACCCGGACGUCGUCGGAAAUGCCACCAACCACUUCAGCGUCGAACAGAGGGGGCUGCUUACAUUCUAUGGCAUCCUAGUAUUGUUAACGUUCAUCCUCAUGUGUAUCUACGCACCACAAGUCUAUGAGGCAGUGAUAAGGGGAACACCAAUGCAUGCAGUCUUCCAAGCACUAUCCAUCUGUGUGUUGGGCACAUGCCUAUCAGCAUUCUUCAUGGCAACUCAUCUUACAAGAUUUGCUUCAAACGGAGAAGGCCUUCCCUCCAUCGAAACAUUCUCUUUACUUUGCGACAUGGUUUCACAAGCGGUGAUGGGCUACGUGAUGUUAUACAUCUCCCUCGGAUGGAUGCUGGCAGGCACGUGGCCACACAUUAGCCAGGCGACGCUCAUCCCACCCUUCAGGGCAUUCACGGGUCUGCUAAUCGUGCAGAUGUUGUUGUUUGCGUGGACCCAGCUACUGAGCGGAAAGUACACUGGAUACCUCGGUUACCGCAGUGACGCAGGACUUUUACAAGUGAUAUUGAACCUGGGUAUGGCUUCUGUGCUCGUGGCAAACGUCAAUAACCUAUUGAGCAGAGAAAGAAGCGUGUUGAAGAAGGACUUCUAUAGGAGUUUUACUAAGGUCUGUUUGAUGUGGUUUUUGAGCUACCCAAUUUUGUGGGCGCUUUCCUGUUUGGUCUCCCCUCACCUGUGGCUAAGGGUCAUCCUCUUUGGAGAGACAAUAUUCAAAGUGACUGCUGUGGUGCUCCUCUUCAAGCUGGUAGAGUCUCGCAGCCUGUACUGGGAGGUGUCAUCUCUAUGGCUUCCUACUCCUCCAUCUAAAUCGUGGAAUUUCGAUGAAAGCCACUCUUGA